GUGGGGUUGGACAGGUUAUUCCCCAGGGGUGGGGCAGCGGAGGCCCAGGAGGAGGGGGAAAAAAGAAGGUGGAGGAUCCUGGCUGCUAAUCUGAAUCGAUACCGAUUCUCUUAGACCUCAGAGACACAGAAAAGACAGAGGGUGCCUCAUCCGCUUUCCUCCGCUCCUCUCUCUUCUCAGCCUUAGCCAUGGCGGAGGCAGGGGCCGGGCUGAGUGAGACCGUCACUGAGACAACGGUUACCGUGACAACCGAGCCCGAGAACCGGAGCCUAACCAUCAAACUUCGGAAACGGAAGCCAGAGAAAAAGGUGGAAUGGACGAGUGACACUGUGGACAAUGAACACAUGGGCCGCCGCUCAUCAAAAUGCUGCUGUAUUUAUGAGAAACCUCGGGCCUUUGGCGAGAGCUCCACGGAGAGUGAUGACGAGGAAGAGGAGGGCUGUGGUCAUACACACUGUGUGCGGGGCCACCGCAAAGGACGGCGUCAUGCAACCCCGGGACCAAGCCCCACCACCCCUCCCCAGCCUCCUGACCCCUCCCAGCCCCCUCCAGGGCCAAUGCAGCACUAAAUUCCUCGCUCCCCCACCAUUCCUGUGUCUGUCUGGCCCUGAAUGUACUCAUGUGGCUACUCGGGGACUAAACCCACAAUUUGAUCCCUUCUCCAGCCCCCUCCUCCCCUCUCCUCUGCCUGACAGAGGGAAAAGGGAGAGGAAGGUGGACAGAGAUCCUGGAAUUCUGACUUGCUGCUAUUCCAGAACCCAGGCUUCUGGGUUCCCCCAGCCCUCAUUUCUCCUUACAAUACCCAGCCUCCUCUCUCCAGGGAUCCAGGCAUCUUGAUCCCAAUCUUUUUCCUUUGUUCUCACUGCCAAACUGCCUGUCCUGGGAUCCAGUUAUCUUGGCCCUUUGCACUCUCUACUUGAGUUCCAAACAGCUAAAUUGGGUUUCCAGCAGCCCCAGCUUUCACUGCCAGGGUCCUAGUCAGAUUCCAGGCACUCUUGCUCCAGCUAUGCUUGUUAAUCCUGGCUUUAGAGCUCUUCCACUAAUGUAUUUAUGUCAUCCUAACUCUUAGUCGUUACCUGUGGGAUGUGAGGUCUUUUGUGAGACCUCAGGGCUCCUAGCCCUUUCCCUCCUCUCCUGCCCACUUCCCCUAAGCCCUUAAGAGGAGUUAGGAGAGAGGGAGGUCUUUGUCAUUUUCACCUUUAAUGAGAAAUGGAAAAAAGAAAUGGGCAUGUCCUCUCCUCACUGUUCUCAUGUGACUAGGGUUUCUGACAAAACUGGCUCCAAGACUAGUCACUUAGAGCCCACUAUCUCCUCAGCCUUUGGUCUUCCAACUUAGGAGACAGGUCCAACCCGGCCCCGGGGGCCUGGGUCCCUGGGAGAGGAUGGAAAAGGGAGGGAGCCAAGAGAUGCAAUCUCACCCCUUUCUUCCAAGGCCUUGAUGUCUCUCCCAGCCCAGAUGUCCAGCCCUCCCAGCCCUCCCCACCCCUUACUGGGAUCUGGAUAUCGUUUUCCAGGCCUUUUGCUGUGCACGGUUGCAGAGAUCAGUCAAAUCCAUACCACCACUGAGAUCUCAUUUAUUGCCACAAAUGCACAAAAUAAAUAACCCAAC